AUGCUUAUAAGUAAACUACCUCUAUUAGAAUAAACAACAUCUCAAAAGAUUCUAUUCAAUAAAACAAAAUUAAAUUACGAAAACUCAAACUGUGUAGGUUUGGAGAAAGCUUGCAGACAGACAAAUGCACUUAAAUCUAAAAGACAGUUAAGUAUUAUGAAACAAUUAAAUGAGCGCAAAAAGUAAAUACCCACACAAAAUGAUGACUCAAUUUCAAAAAGAAUGCAUGUACCCAAGUCAUAAUCUGAUUGUAUAAUAAUUGAAAAACUUCAAUAGGAAUUUGAACAAAAGUAUGAAGAACAAGUAUAUAGAGAAAGUGAUAAUUUAGGUGAAGAUUUCGGAGGAUUUAAAACUAGAAAAUGUAAAAUUAAAAAUGCAGUUAGAGGAGCAGGAAUAACAAAUUAUUUAUCUAAAAUUGCUAAAUAAUGAUUUACGUUAUUAGAUAGACAACUCUACUUAAGCAUAAUAAUUAAAGAAGUUGGAGUUAGAAUAUAAGGAGACUUAUAGAAGGAUGGAUGACACUCUACGAAAAGCAAUUGACGAGAACUACGAAAGCUAAAUAAAAAUGAAAAAUCUAUCAAUUAAAUCUCAACAGUUAGAAUAAUUUACAGUAAGUGUUACAAUAAUGAAUUAGUUUUCUUUAAGACAGCAACUUACUUGCAAACUUUGUAGAAAGGAAUUGUAAAAUACGAUUACUGUGAUUCCAUGCGCACAUAAUUAUUGCUAGCGAUGCGUUUCUGGAUAUGUAGGGAGGUGCUUUGCUUGCAAUGAUGAUGUAAUUAUUUAAUAUGUAUUAAAUAAGAGCGUUGUUUAAGCUACAUAUCAUAAUGAAUACAUUAGCGAUUUGAUAAAUAUGUAUAAAGUAUUUGAGAAUAUUAUGAAUAUAUUAAAAACUUGA